AUGUCUUCUACAAUUCAAGUUUCUAUUUACUUUACCAACGAACCUACUAUCGAGUUCGAUUUUCUUUCUGAAAAGCUGAACUGGACAAAUCUUGUCACUUUAAUUGAAUCUACUCGUCGUGUGGAUUCUCCUGUUGUUCUCUAUUAUAAGAAAGACAACGAAACCGAGUCUUUGGAAAAUCAAUCCCAAUUAGAAUCCCUCUUAUCCUUACCUGAGAUUAAAGGUCUUUGCUUCUACGCUCAAGCAGAUCUCGUAAGCGAAAAUGUCUAUAUCCUUCCCGGUCAUGCCUUUGCUCGUUUAACUCAAUUCGUUGACCAACACAAGGAAAUCGUUUCCUCCAGCCAUCGUCUCGCCAGAUGGGUUGGCAUCUUGGCCUCUUUCAUCGCUGAGGAUACCACUGAUCAUCAUUUCGACUAUGAAUUUAAAGUACUCGAUACAUUAGCUGCUAGAAAAUCAGAAAAAAUGAAACGUCGU